AUGCACAGUCCCUUCCACCCAUCCGUGGCUGACCCACCCACCAUCUUUCCCCAUUCGACGGUUACCACCAACCCCGCUUCCCCGCAUCUACUCAUUCUUGCGAUGUUAAUGACCCUUUCACUAGUGAAUUCCUCACCUCUGCCAAGCGAUCUCGAGAGCGGUGUGAAUUAUGUAGACCAGAAAACAAUAUUGGUUCCUAGUUUUGAGAUGGAUAAACGCAACAAUGUCUCCGAUCCACGACGAAUCAUGUGCGGCUAUCAGUUGAUUGUCAACCUCAAAAUGCAAUGCGGAGAUAGAGGGACGUAUUCGCCCUACGAACGGGGUCCGCGUAUCAAGCGAGGUCUUCGAUUGGGUAAGAACUGCGAUUUCGCCAAAAUAAAGUUGAAAAGUGACCCGGGUCGACCAGCUCCGCUAUACAGUCCGUUGAAGAGUCGAGGAAGAAAGCAUGAUGAUUUUUGCUCCAUUUACCUUCGCUACGAGCCUUACACCAUUGUCACGGAAUGCUGCUGUCGUGGCUGCACUCGUCGGUUUUUGGAGCAGUUCUGUGCAAAAGGCUGA